UUCUACCCAAACUCCCAAUGCCUUUGACCUUCUGCGAAGCGGCUCGCGAAGGGUUUCGGCGCCUGGAUUGCCGCCUCGAGUUGAGAGCCCAACAAACAAUAAGCAGAAGGUGCACAACGCGGUGCUUGACCUGCUGGCAGAAAGAAGCUGCCUCUUCAAGGGGGAGUGCAUUGAGAGCACUGGGAAGGCAUUCGUGAGCACUCUGACUAGUCUGCUGUGGUACAUUGAUGCUGCCCACGACAGGAUCAACACCGAGGUGGGGCGGGCUUGCGCCACCCCUGAGGGCCUGGCGGGCUCGGGGGUUUCGACGGCGAGGUCGCGCGGUCGCAGUCAGCAGGGGAUCCCCACUGCGUUCAGCAGGUUUCAGGGGUUUGAUGACUGGCAAAGGAAGCAGAAGGGGCGCUCUGUUGUGCGCGAAGCCAAGCUGAGUGAGCUGGAGGAAGAACUCUACCGAUUCAUUCCAACUGGGGACUCCUGGGGCAGCGGGCAGGAUCAGUGGGCUGAGUUCAAGGCGGAGCUUUCGGACCUGGCGGAUGUGGUGCAUUCCUACCGGAUGUACCUUCGCAGCCAGAGGGAGUCCGUUGAGCAGCGGCAUGAGAGUUCCACCCCCUCUCGCCAAGUGGGGACUCAUGGCACGUGCCGGACAGUUGAGGGGUCGGCAACUAGAAGUCCCGCCAUCGUGGAUGCUUACCGCCAGUUGCAAGCUGCCCUAACUGUCCUUCCUGACUACGAGUAUCUGGACCUGGCGCCCUUCACCGAUCCUCUUGAUAAGAGGGUUCGCUACCAGUUUCUUAAACGACUGGUGCUGCCAUUUCCAGUCUCCCUCCUCAGAUUCGAUCCUGGUGGAGGAGCUGGUGCGCUGGCAUUUGUCUGGAGACUCCCAGCGCGCACGUCAGAGCGAUGCUCCUCUGAGAACUGCACCAAGCAGGCCCGAGUUGUCAGCCAGCUGGACAAGCAGAUGCCCGAGUUCCACACUCGCGCAAUGCGUCGGGAGUUCAAAGAGCUUAUGUCGGGGGUUAGCGGCGUCAACGAUCAGGUUGCUCGCUUCGUGUAUCGGUUGCUGUCCGGCGAUCAAAGUGCUGCGCACGAUGGAGCUGAGGGGGUGGUUGACGGGAGGACACAACAGAUCUUGCAGAUGGGGGAUGAGAAUCUGGUCAUGGAUCUUCGGGAGAUCAACCUGGGGCGGGAGGGCAUCUUCGACCUGUUCUGGGAGGUGCUUGGCCAAGUGCUGGAACAAGGCCGAGAGCAGGCUGUAGACGACAGGCGACAUGGGAGCGUUAUGUUUCUCGGCUCGUGGAUGUCCCCUCGCGACCUCCACGAGACCGUGCAACGGCUGGUGAAGGAGAAGGAUCCCCAAGCGCCCAUUCCCAGCAGCGCUGGAUGGAGUUCCAGUUCUGGCCCAAAAACCCCUACUGCCAAGCUGCCCUUGCCUACACGGGGCGCUUCUUGGCUGCAAUUGCUGAUACAGCUUGUGCUCUUGCAGCUCAAGUACGCGGUCAAGAGCCGCAUACUCAGCAAAGAGCACAUCGACGGCCACUACGGGGGCUGCAUGCGUGACUACUGGAAGCACGUGGCUGUCUUGCUGCCGGAGCACACGGUGGUGGUGCACCUGGACGACAAACACGCCGUGAAGGUGGGGGAACCUGGGGCUCCUGUCGUUGCCCUGGACCGUGGCGGGCGCGUCCUCCAAGAUGUGGCGGCGGGUCCUCAAGUGGCCCUCGACCACGACUUUACCCGGGCCAAAAUCGUCCCUUCGGUGACUCUCGUUCAGCAUGGGCCGCUGAUCCCCACAACUGCGGACGACUCCUUCUACCGGGGCCAGGUCUUCGUCACCCUGAAAGAUGCUGUCUUUCAGCCCUCGUCCCCCCUCCGCCACUCAGCUGAACUCGUCAGCAUAAUCCGGUGGGCCAUCCGCCACCGGAUGUUGCCUCCCAGCAUUUUGUUGGGCUACACCGACGGUGGCCCCGACCACCGCACCACGUAUGCAUCCGUUCAAAUCGCGUGGGUGGCUGUUUGGCUGGCGCUGGACCUAGACUACCUGCUGAUCGUGCGCACAAUCCCCUGCAACUCCUGGGUCAACACCGUUGAGCGGAGCAUGUCGAUCCUCAAUCUGGGCAUGCAAGGCGUGGCUGUAAUGCAAAGCGCGAUGAGCCCCUUCUUUGAGAGACACUUCAGCAAAGCAACGAGUCUGGCCGCGAUGCGAGUGGCAGCUAGCAAGGUGGACGGGGGGGAGGAAGCGUGGGCAGGGGCAAUGGAGAGCGUUUUGCGGAUGCUGGGCGAACGGCUAGAAAAACUGAGCCUCAAGGAGGAGGCCUUUACAGCGGCAAACCUGACCGGAGCGAAGGGUUGGAAGGCCUUCGUGGCGAAGCACAUGCGCUUGGGGCACUACUUCCUCGAAAUCCGGAAGUGCACCGAUCCCGCCUGCCAGUUCUGCUCCUCCGGGAUUCGCACGCCGGCUGAGGACUGGGAGCAAUUGAAACCCUUCCCCAACCCCAUGCCCGACCCUGAGAGACCGGGCCACUAUCUUCCUUUCGAGAAAGUGUACGGGCAGGAAACAACGGAGGCUCACCGCCCGUCGUUGAUCAAGGCAACAGCGGAGGCGGCAGCAAAGGAUGGAAAGCGGCGCGCCGAGGGGUCGGGUACGGCCGGACGCGCAAGGGGUGCAGGCGAGAACGGGGCGGCAGAGCCGGCGAGAGCAGCCGGUCAGACAAAUGGGGCAGCAACGGCAGGCGGAGCGGUCGAAGUAGGAACUUCCGGUCGUGGUCGUGGUUGUGGUCGCGGUCGCAGCCGCAGCCGCGGCCGCAGUCUCGGUCGCGGACGUCAGCGGAGUGUCCCAGCUGAAGGCGGGGCAGAAGGAGGAAGCGGCCGCGGAAGGGGGAGGUCCAGUCCAGCGGAGAGCCGCGUCGGAAAACCGCAGCCUUCCGCAGCCGAGGUGGAAGGGGCGGCAGCAGACGCUGCGCACGACAAGCUCUUUACGGCGCAAAAUGCGAGGGACAGCAUCCUCUGCACCGUUUGCGAGAAGCCACGGGUGGUGUACUCUAAGUUCGCACUCACCCGAGUGCAGAAAGCAGCCUUGGAAGUACAGGAGGAGACUUUCGACUACAUCUGCGGGUCGCCUCUCUUUCCAGAUAUGCCCUCGACGGUGCUCAGACCUGCGCAUGCGGCUGCAAUUGAGGAGGGGGCCGGCUUCAAUCCUGUAACGGGGCGCACGACCAACGCCCUACCACCGCAGUUUCUGAACGCACCUGCUGUCGUGGCGGGCGAGGCAAUAGCCGCUUCUGAAGGAGAGGGGCCUCCGUCGGUCGAAGGCCAGCCGCGGGCCUCCCAAAGCCCCCCGACCUCCGCGGAGGGCCUUCGCCCGCCCCCUCGAUCACCACCAACAGAGGAGGUGCUGUCGGAUUCAGAUGACGAACCCAUUGCCGCACGCAUUCCUGGACCCCGGUCGAUCAUGCGUCACCCCGCCCAACAAGAGACGCCGCUCCCGAGCGCGCAGCCAGAACCAAGCGUCGUCGCACCUCGGAUGGAGGCCAUCUUGGCCCAUAGAGCGACCCCGUUGCACGAAGUUGCCGUUGUCCGGCAGAAGUUGACAUGCGCAUCAGAAGUGGAGAGCACCUACUAUUCCAGGGGUGCGUACAAACCGUGUUGCAAGUACUGUGCUGAGUUUGAAGACCUGCACGAGACCGACCCGAUACUGAAGGAGCAGUAG